GGGUGGCUGCGCUGUGGUGGCUUGGCGGGCCCUGGGGCCUGGCAGGGGCGGGGCGGCCUUAUCGCCUGGCUCUCCAGCCCAAGCUUCGCGCUCCAGAGCCAGCCGGGUCACCAUCCUCUCUCGCCAUGGGCUCCGGGCCGCGCGGGGCGCUGAGCCUGCUGCUCCUGCCGCUCCUGCUCCUGGCGCCGCCGGGCCGCCGGGCCGCGGGCUGCCCCGCGCCGUGUGACUGCGCGGGGACGCGCGUGGAUUGCGGGCGCCGCGGGCUGACGCGGGCCACGCUGCCCGCCGCCUUCCCGCCGGACACGACCGAGCUGGUGCUGACGGGCAACAAUCUGACGGGGCUGCCGCGCGGACUGCUGGACACGCUGCCCGCACUGCGCGCCGCUCACCUGGGCGCCAACCCCUGGCGCUGCGACUGCCACCUGGUGCCGCUGCGCGCCUGGCUGGCCGGCCGGCCGGAGCGCGCGCCCUACCGCGACCUGCGCUGCGCCGCGCCCCCCGCGCUGCGCGGCCGCCUGCUGCCCUACCUGGCGGAGGAGGAGCUGCGCGCCGCCUGUCCGCCCGGCGCGCUCUGCUGGGGGGCGCUGGGGGCGCAGCUGCUGCUGCUCGGCCUCGGGCUGCUGCACGCGCUGCUGCUGCUGCUGCUGCUGUGCCGGCUGCGCAGACUCCGCGCCCGCGCCGCGCACCCCUCGCCGCUGAGCGCGCCGCUCGUGGGGCCCGGGAGGAGUCCCGAGGAGCGCUGA